AUGCCCCCAGACAUUCAUUCACUCCGUUUCACGUCAACGGUAUUCUAUCUAUGUCAUUUUGUUCAUAUCUAUCUAUCUAUCUAUCUAUCUAUCUAUCUAUCUAUCUAUCUAUCUAUCUAUCUGAUUUUGUUCAUAUCUAUCCAUCUCAUUUUGUUGAUAUCUAUCUAUAUAUCUAUCUAUUACAAUUCGUUCAUAUCUAUCUCAUUUUAUCCAUAUCUAUCUAUAUAUGUCACAUUUCGUUCAUAUCUAUCUAUCUCAUUUUGUUCAUAUCUAUCUAUAUAUCUAUUUAUCACAUUUCGUUUAUAUCUAUCUAUCUAUCUAUCUAUCUAUCUUUCACAUUUCGUUCAUAUAUAUCUAUCUAAAUUUUGUUCAUAUCUAUCUCGUUUUGUUCAUAUCUAUCUAUCUAUCUAUCUCAUUUUGUUGAUAUCUAUCUAUCUAUCUAUCUAUCUAUCUAUCUAUCUAUCUAUCACAUUUCGUUCAUAUCUAUCUAUCUAUCUAAAUUUUGUUCAUAUCUAUCUAUCUAUCUAUCUCAUUUUGUUCAUAUCUAUCUAUAUUAUCUAUCACAUUUCUAUCUAUCUAUCUAUCUAUCUAUCUAUCUAUCUAUCACAUUUCUAUCUAUCUAUCUAUCUAUCUAUCUAUCUAUCACAUUUCGUUCAUAUCUAUCUAUCUAUGUAUCUCAUUUUGUUCAUAUCCAUCUAUAUAUCUAUCUAUCACAUUUCUAUCUGUCUGUCUAUCUAUCACAUUUCGUUCAUAUAUAUCUAUCUAUCUCUUUUUGUUCAUAUCUACCACAUUUUGUUCAUAUCUAUCUAUCUCAUUUUGUUCAUAUCUAUCUAUCUAUCUAUCUUCUAUGGGCACUUCGACAUUGUGCCUCGUCUCUCUCUUUCUCUCUCUCUCUCUCUCUCUCUCUCUCUCUCUCGGGCUGUCUCUUUUUUUUCUUUUUCUUGUUAA